AUCAGAGGCUGCAGAGGCGGAAACAUCUGGGGAAGGAAUAACCAGAUGAGAAAUGUUCAAAUGUUUUCUGUCAAGCGUAUUUCACCUAGGAUUAUAUAUUAACAUUUAACAUGUUCAGUAAUGUCUGCUGAGAAAGAUUGGGUGAUUUGACCAAAAGCUCCAAAAGAUUCAGAAUUAUUCAGGAAUGGUUUAUUUAGAAAAUCUCCAGUAUGCUGAGAUACAGAAUAGGAAUUGAUCCUAUAACAAUGAUUCAUUAAUAUAGUCAAGUCAGUAUUAUUGAUGUGGCCCAGAAUCACAAAGGCCUUUACAAUAUGUACAACAUACAACAUACUUUAUCCUUAGACCCUCCAUUUUGAUAAGGAAAACCAAAUAUACCAUAUAUAUACUUUAAAUUGAGCAUAAAGCAGUCUCUUGUCAAGUAUUUGGGGUAGUAGUAAGACUUAUUCUGGCACUAUGUGUUAUCUAUAUUUUACUUAGCAGUUAGGUCCUGAUUGGUCUCUUAAUUGUUCCUUACCUCCUUCCUUGGUUACUAUUGUAAAAUGUCAACAAAACAAAUGCUUAGAGAAUCAUAUUUUAACUUCAAGAAUAACAAUUAUAUUCUUUCAUCUUGUUUUUGAAAAAGCGGUAACUAAUUUUUUGUGACAUUUCACUUAAUUUCAGCUACAAUAGCACAAUGUCUGUCCCUCUGCUGAUAGUCAGUCUGCCAGGUGUUUGGUCAGAGACCAGACAGCCAGACACAGACGGAUGCAAGGUGAUAAUGCACUGAGGGAUGGUAAAUGUCUCUCUUUGGCCCGGACCAGCAGCUGAGAUGUUGAAAUGUACUUGAGGUUUGUAGAGAAAGCUUUAAGACGAGUACCAGACGUCUAUCAUGAAAGGUUUCCAGGGUCCCAAGUCCAGCUCUCUUUGUCCUUCCUUUCCCACAUUCUCCAACAGAUGGAACUAAGAAAAGGUUUGCAGAGGCAUGUAGAACAAGUUAAAUUAAAUUAAAAACAUCUGGCAAACAGUAACAAAAUUCAGCUGACUUACGGGAGAUGAGCUAGGAGAUAAAAUCCACAUUUAUGACAGAUUCAAAGUCAAAGUUUUUCUCCCUUAAGACAAUGGAUUCCAGACAUUUUUUUAGAUUUGGCUGAUUGUGUACAGGCUGAUGUAGCAUCCUUUGUAUGGCAUUAUAUUCCAAAUCCCCAGACUAAAGGACUAAAAGCUUUAUCUUGACUAAAUAAAACAGGGUAAUAAAUUCAUGAAAAAUAAACCUCACAUUUAGCUCAUACAAAUAAUACACCACUCUGACAACCCUUUGUAGAAUAAAAUACUAUGUAUAGUGCCCUAUGUUUUUUUUUAAAUGUUGAAGAUGUUUCUUUGUUACACAGUUUCUAGCAUGUAGUAGUACUACUUCAGGUUUUACACACAGGGACAAUAUACAAGGUAUCAUUAGAUCAAACUAUCAGUAGCAAGUGGACACUCCCACAAACCAUUAAAAUAGCCCCUACACUGUGCCACAUUUACAACAGUAGAGUACAAGGACACUCCCCUCUGCUUUAAAAGCUGUGCCUGUGGCCACAAAACCAUCUCACCUCUGCUGAGAUUUUGCCUCAACAUCUGGAUUUGUCUUUUGUUCUGUUGGAUCAUUAAAAUAGGCAAUUCAUCUGUGAUCCUCUUAUUGAGCCACAAGAGGAAACUCAGUUCUUUCUUCAGGAGCGCAGCUUUGUGUCCCAUACUGAAGCACUGAUGAUGGGUGUGUGGGCCAGAGCAGCGGCUCUGUCUCUAGUGCUGCAACAGCUGGUGCUUACUGUCACAGCUGAAGGCAUUGUCUAUGACCUGCUGGAUUCUCCAGACUGCCUGCCAGACUUGCUCCAAGGAAGCCUGAAGAACAAAGGGCGAGAUGAGGCAUUCCUCCUCUCUUCCUUCACGCUCCGCAACAAGGCCCCCACCUCUCUCUACAGUGUCAUCAACCCCAAAGACAACACCAAGUACCUGGAGCUCAGCGUGCAGGCCAAACUGAGCAAGGUGACCCUUCGUUACCAGAAGGCUGACAGCAGAUUUGGCACAACCAGUUUCAAUCACGCCUCCCUGGCAGAUGGCCGAGAUCACCACGUUAUGCUACAUGCCAGCGGCCUACAGCGCGGCCCACCUCGUCUCAACAUCUAUAUAGACUGCAGACUGGCACACACUUUGGACGAUCUGCCGGCUGCGUUUGGGUCACUGCCACCUGGUCCCAACAAGGUGGCACUUAGGACCCUGCAGGCAAAUGGACAGGAUGAACUGACAGACUUGAAGCUGGUGAUAGAGGACACCAUAGACAACGUGGCCACUCUGCAGGACUGUAGCGUGGAUCAGGUUGAAUCUCUGCAGCUGCUGGGUAUCCAGGGAGGCCGGACGUUACACGACCAGGCCACCAUGCUGGAGCUGAGGAUCAUGUUAUCUGAGAUGAAGGAGCUGCUCAACCAGCAGAUUAAGGAGACAAAUUUUCUGAGGAAUACCAUUUCAGAGUGUCUUGUCUGUGAUCUCAGGGGCAAUCCAACCAACACAGGUCCAGCUCCUAGCCCAGUUGUCAUGCAGCCUCAGCAUCAGACUCAGUGCCCACCUGGGACCUGUUUCAGACAGAACAUGUGCAUCCGUGCGGAGUCAGGGAGUUUCCAGUGUGCCCCCUGUCCAGAGGGCUAUACAGGAGACGGGGUACACUGCGAUGACGUGGAUGAGUGCCAGUUUAGCCCGUGUUUCCCUGGUGUCAAGUGUGUGAACACUGCUCCUGGUUUUCGAUGUGGAAAAUGCCCUCUGGGAUACACCGGACCACAGUUAAAUGGAGUGGGUGUGUCCUAUGCUAAGUCACACAAACAGGUGUGUGAUGAUAUAAACGAGUGUCUGGGUCCGCCUGAGAAUGGAGGUUGCACUGCCAACUCGCACUGCUUCAACACUAUAGGCUCCUUCCGCUGCGGAGAGUGUAAAACUGGCUUCACAGGUGACCAGGUGAGAGGCUGCCAUGGUACCAGGCUUUGCCCCAAUGGUCAGCCCAACCCCUGUGACAUCAAUGCCGAGUGUAUUGUUGAGAGAGAUGGCAGCAUUAGCUGUGUGUGUGGCGUUGGUUGGGCAGGUAAUGGUUAUGUAUGUGGAAAGGACACAGAUAUUGACGCAUAUCCUGACAAUAAGCUCCAGUGCAUUGACAACAACUGUAAUCAGGACAACUGUGUGUUUGUGCCAAAUUCUGGCCAAGAGGAUGCAGACAGGGACGGGUUGGGUGACUCCUGUGAUGACGACGCAGACAGUGAUGGCAUCAUUAACAUAGAUGACAACUGCUGGCUCGUUCCUAAUGUAGACCAAAGGAACAGCGAUAAGGACGUCCAUGGUGAU